AUGUCACGUGGACAACAUAAGAAACUAAACUAAAUAGAAGAAAAUCUCUCAAGAACAGAGAGAUGAUCUGAGAUUUAUUAAAAGCCUUCAGUUUCUUUUUUUUUUUUAAAUAGAUUAGAUCUCAGAAUCAGAUUUGUUCUCAUCUCAAAUUCACCAUGAAAUCGAUGCACCGAGCUCCCCUAAUCUCUUCUUCCUCCUCCUCUUCCUCAAGCAACUCUUUCGUCUCAAGGCUUCUCCUUCUAUUGACUCUCCUCCCAGUCUCCCUCGCCUGCCUCGCCUUCGUCCUCCAAUGGCGAGGCGGCGGCCUCGCCGAUCCCGCCUCCGCUUCCAUCGCCUCCUCGACCUCAGUCCCUGGAAGCGUCGGCUCCGAUCUCAACCACGAGGUGUUUCCGGGGAUGGAGACUGUUUCAUCCGUCUCCCCGAAAGCUCACCAGUCCUCAUCAUCAGACUGCUCGAAUCUAGCUAGAAGCUCUUCCCCUUCGUUUCCUUACUACGGUGAUUGGAAGUUCGGUGUUGAUUCUAACUUAAAGCCUAAGAUAUGUAUAACGACUAGCACAUCAGCAGGAUUGGAUCAGAUUUUGCCGUGGAUGUUCUACCAUAAGGUUCUUGGCGUCUCCACUUUUUUCCUUUUCGUUGAAGGGAAAGCUGCUACGCCCGCCAUCUCUAAAGUGCUCGAGUCUAUUCCUGGGGUUAAGGUGAUAUACAGGACAAAAGAUCUAGAGGAGAAGCAGGCAAAGAGUCGGAUUUGGAAUGAGACGUGGCUAUCUUCGUUCUUUUACAAGCCAUGCAAUUACGAGUUGUUUGUUAAGCAAUCUCUCAACAUGGAAAUGGCUAUUGUCAUGGCAAGGGAUGCGGGCAUGGAAUGGAUACUUCAUCUUGAUACAGAUGAGCUGAUAUACCCAGCAGGUGCUCGUGAGUACUCGUUGAGACGGUUGCUUCUUGAUGUUCCUCCAAAUGUGGAUAUGGUUAUUUUCCCAAAUUAUGAAAGCAGCGUAGAAAGAGAUGAUAUCAAGGAUCCUUUCACAGAGGUGUCAAUGUUUAAAAAGAACUAUGACCAUCUUCCAAAAGAUACAUAUUUUGGAAUGUACAAAGAAGCAACCCGAAACAAUCCAAACUACUUCUUGACUUAUGGAAACGGCAAAUCAGUUGCUCGGGUUCAAGACCACCUCCGACCAAAUGGAGCACACAGAUGGCAUAAUUACAUGAAAACUCCCAAUGAGAUAAAACUGGAGGAGGCUGCUGUCUUACACUACACAUAUGCCAAGUUCUCUGACCUAACAUCCAGGCGUGACCGAUGUGGCUGCAAGCCUACAAAAGAAGACGUGAAAAGAUGCUUUAUGUUGGAUUUCGAUAGAUCUGCAUUUAUAAUUGCGUCAACAGCAACUGAAGAUGAAAUGAUAAGCUGGUACCGUGAACAUGUUGUGUGGGGAGACAAAGAGGUGAAGAUGAAACUCCUUAGGAAGGGUAUUCUGACUCGCAUUUAUUCACCAAUGGUUGUUAUACAAGCAUUGAAAGAGUCUGGUGUGUUCAGCUCGGUUGUCUCAUCAGCUUCAACAAAUCUUUCAAAGAAACAGUUCUUAGCAUCAAUGAACAAAAGCAACUCUUCAUCUGAUUCCCUUCCUUCAAAGGAAAAGGAGUCUCAGGGCGUCUCAGCAAGGCACCUUCUAGGAACUGAAUCAGCUAUCCCUCCUUUAUCACCUCCUGGGAUGGAGCACGCUAGAUUUGUCACAGAGGAUUAACAGAUUUUAGCAUCGAGCUGAUAACCUUUACUUCCUCCUCCUUACCGAGUGAUAGUGCUGUGUAGCUAGCUUGAGGAGGAUAAGUGAAGAAAAGGCCGGUUUGUAUGAUUUUUUGGAUGUAUUUUCCCCUAAAAUUUGGAGUUGAUUAUAGUGUGGAUAUAUAAUAUAUACUUGUUUUUGCCAUAUAUUCAACUUUGAGUUUAGCAUU